UUCACACUGCUGUUAGCAUUCGCCAUAGCUGCUGAUAUGAAAUAUGGGGGAACCUCGGACCAGAUGAAUUUCUUCCUUUUUGUAACUGUGACGUCAUGGCUUCUUGUGAUCGCAGUAUUUGUCUUGUUUGCAUUCAAUAUCAUAUCAAUAAUCAACCUCAGUAUUGACUGGAAUAUCCCGGUUUUUGUUUUUGCUGUUGUAGCAGCAUUUCUUCUUCUGCUGAGUUCCGCUUUGUUAGCUGCCGUGAUACCAGACAGUGCUCCAAUCAGUUAUCUUAAUCUUAAACCGUUGGUUGACAAAUUACGCGCCGCUGUGGCCUUUGGAUUCAUCUCCAUGUUCGUGUUCAUCGCAGAUGCUGUUGUUUUCUUCCUUAGGAGAACUGGAAGGAUGUGAACUAACGCCCACAUUUUGAUGAACUGCGUACUCCUUUGAGUUUGUUUAACCUUUUUAAUAGUUAUUACUCGUCACAUUUUUAUACCUUUCCUCUAUAAUGAAUUACACUAAUCUAGAAACGGACUUAAAUGCACAGUAUGCGUAUAAUUAACCCUUUAACUUCCAGAGAUAAUUAUAUUGUAACUUAAUUGUAACUUAGAAGAAGUUGUUAUCUUGAUCUAAUGCCAAAUUAUCGCCAAUAAUUUACCAGGAAAUGUGUAGCAGCUAGAAGAGAGAAUUAGCAAUCAGAUCUCAGUAGUUAAAGGGUUUUAGAGAACGAUUUAGCGUAACCAGCUCGCGAUCGUGGACUGAGCAACCAUGUUUGAUCUGGGCUUCGAGAGCACGUUGUUUCUUCCACCCUCUGCGAGUUUAAUUGAAUAAAUGUGAGUAGUUGGGAAAAAACAGUGUGGAAAGAAAGAAAGAGAGAAAGAAAGAAAAAAAGUAGACUUUUUAUCGUCUUAGCACGUUAAUGAGGCUUCAAAACCUCCAGGGAACUCGACUUGUACUAUAAUGGUCCAUAAUUAUAUACUUUAUUAUCUCUGGUAUAACUAAUGAAAGCUGUUGCUAAAAUCUUUUUGACGCUUCGCAAUUAUGACUUCAAAGUAGGGCUCAUUAUGAUCGAAUUAAAUCUUGUGUGAACCACGA